AUGAUGUGUGUAUUAGGUCUGACCUCAACAUUAGGCAGUGGACUACCAUUGGGUAAAGAGGGACCGUUCGUUCACGUGGCCUCAAUUGUGGCCACUUUGUUAUCCAAACUCAUCACUUCAUUCAAAGGCAUUUAUGAGAACGAGUCGAGAACUGGAGAGAUGUUAGCGGCCGCUUGUGCUGUCGGGGUCGCAUCCACUUUCUACGCCCCCAUCGGUGGUGUCUUA